AUGGCCGACGGAAAUAACGACGCCCGCGCAGUCGUCCACCGCGCUGUGCGCAACGGCCGCGAGUACAUCGAAUACGCCGACGGCAGCUCCUGGACGCGCAAACUCGACCGCGCGACGGGUCAGCCCGUCAGCGACUGGGUAACGGUCGAGAAGCCGCCGCCAGCCGACGACAACGACGGCGGAACUUCCGAGAAGACCGCCUCGAUCAAGCGCUGCCUAUCCGUCGUCGCCGAGCACCAAGCCGAGGGCGAGCCCAAACACUGGUACCUCUUCGCGCACCGGCCCAACGACAUGGGCACGGGCCCGGGCCAGGUGUGGCAGGUCACCGGCGAUGCCGAGUUCAUGCGCUACGACCAUUCCGCCGCCGACGUCGAUCGGAUGAGCUCGCCGUCGUACGCCUGGCACCAGGUUGUCAGCAGGGCCCUCGCCGACGAGCGGUUUGCCAGGGUGGACGAGAUCGCACGGGCCGAGCGGCCGCCUAGCGCGCCCAGUCGGGCCGCUGUUACGGAGCAUUGCCAGGGUUGGACGAUCCGGGUGUUGCGGCGUCUGGUAGGCGAGGGGAUCGUGGAUGAGAGUGUGGUCCGCAUGCUGGAGGGUUAUAUGGAUCCUAUCCGGAACUGA